CUGUCCGUUUGUCUGGCUAUAAUUCUUUCUGUGUGGAUCUUUAAAUGAAUAUUUGUUAUUAAAAGUAAAUAUCUUCAAUCUUUUCGAUAUGUUUGGACACAACUGACAAAACCUCCGUUCACGAACGCUUGUGCUACGCAAGGUCUGGGUCCGUGCCUACACCGUCAAUACGUCCGAAGGAACGAUGCCUCGCGGGCCCGGUUCUCUUGCCGAAAAGCCCUCCCAGGCGGCCCUAAUGACGUUCCAGGAGCUGUGACGCAAUGACCUAGACAGACCUGGGUAAAAGGGAAAGUGAAUGAGGUCUCACAGCCCUCUGCUUAUUCUCGCUCAGAGGGUCCGGAUCGCGGACAUACUAGUGAGAUCGUCUUGCGAACGGAUAUUCUUCGCUCCACUGUGUUUACCACAAGCUGUUCAAGUUUGUUAGUGAAAGAUAUUGAAGUAAACCAGUGCCUGAGGAGUUUCUGAAGUUUUGAAAGAGGAAAGUUUCAUUACAGGAACGAAAUGGCUUGCCAAGUGUGGGAACCGAAGGCGUUCCUGUGUGGCUGCGGUCACCGCACGGCUUCUCUGUUCAUCGGAUGGAUGGGUACCGUCUUCUCAACAUUGCACGUAGCCCACGUGCUGGUAUAUACCCAAAUGUUCUACGCUGACUUCGAUAGAUAUUGCAAGGAGCAACGUGCUGUCGAUACGGAAGCCUGUGCAACCGGGUUGAUAUCUGGCAUCGUCAUCACGGGCGUCGUAUCUGUCCUGACGGCCAUCGGAAGCGUCAUGUUGAUCUUCGGCGUCAAAAGGAAAGAACCCGUUUUUGUCCUCGUGUACAUCGUGAUCAAGGUUUUCUCUUUAGUCUUGUACGGAACGUUCACAGUCUGCCUCAUGCUUUAUCUUUUCUUCACCGCAUACGCCUAUUGGAAUUACCUCAUUGGAGUGGUUGGCUUCUUUGGAAUAUUUCUGGAGGUGUAUUCUUUCCUCUGCGUACGAGUUUAUUACAGACAGCUGAAAUACCCCAUCAGCUACCAGAGGACGGAAGAUUACAGAAGAGACCCCCUGAAGGUCACCAUUUUAAAGCCAGUCGACAAAAUUCAGGUGGAAGUUUGAGGACAUUUUGUGCCAUCUAUAUAGUACUACCCAGUUCACUCAUUUCUUUUAGCACUCCGACUUCUUUGAAAUCCACGGGAACUCCCUCCAACGCCAACUGGUUCCCGCCAUCAUGGGACUGCAUUAUAUUCAGUCCUGUGGUGUACUUCAUUAAUCUCCAGGAGGUCGUUUACCUAUUGCCAUUGAUAUUCAGUUCAACUGCUUCUUGCCCUGGUGCUCUAGAGUACUACUCCCUCGACAUACUUUCAUCGCCAUUUGCAGUUACGGCUAGUAUUUGGAAUUCAUCCAGCCACCGAAGUCUUUCGGUGUCAUGUGAUAGAAAGUUUUUCUCUCUCUCUCUCUCUCUCUCAAGCAAAUCUUGUAAUGUGGAUGAUGUUGCGCAAUUCAGAGAUACUAGUGUGACAAGUUAUACUUUCUACAGCGUUAAAGCUCUGCAGUAGAAGAAUCCAUGAUUUGUUCAAGUUUACUCUGGAUGAGGUUCGAUUUAAGCUGCGUUUCUUACGUCCGUAUUAAAUUUGAGCGUAGAUAAAAUUAACUACUUUUGUUAGUGAAAUAAAAAAAAUUACCCGACACCUACAGUGAGAAUUGUUAAGUAUAUACUCGAAAUCGAUAUUUAUCCUUAAACCUUAAAAAAAUAGAGAAAACAAAUUUGUAUACUUGUAAUAAUUGAUCAUUAGAUAAACUAGUCAAAUAAACAACUCAGCUUAUUCGUUUUGCAACAUGAAGACUGCAGCUCAGAGAUGCCGAAGCCAAAUUUAUGCAAAGAUUAGCUGGAACCAGUUCUACCAGUCAGCCCCAUCAUCAAAAUAAACUUGACUGUUGAUCUUAAAAACAUUUGCCUUUUUUGUCGUCUCUCUUGCACUGCUUGAUAUAUUAUUAUUGAAUAUCCGUAUUCUCGGCUUCAUUUCUCUGUACUACUACUGCUACUACUACUACUACUACUACUACUACUACUACUACUACUACUA